UCUUCGCCCACAAUCAGGAAGACACAUACAGCUGUUCCUGCUCUGCUGGCUACGCCGCCCUGUCCGUCUCACUGUCUGAUCGGGAAGUAGUCAGUGAUGCGCUUCUGAGACGGGAUGGACACGCCCAUCCGGCGCACCUCCAUCCGACAGUGACAGUCUAAUCUCGGCAACUCAACUAACUCAAACCCAAACUCACGCAGCAAGAGAUGAAAAGGCAAUCGGCGGCCGCCGGGUGUGCCGGGCCGACUCACCAUGCCCUCUUGCAUUGUGGCUACGAUCAUGUCGCCCCCUUCCUGCCCCUCCCAUUUCCAAUCAUCCCCCGCCAGCUCGACAGUGAUAACGAGCCUAUCCAGGUGGGAAAACCGACGAAUCGCCCGCAUACACAUAGAUGCGAUUCUGUCACAUGCCUCGAUGAAGCUCUCUGCAUGAUCGCUUUCCUCCCAAAACAUUGUCGUGGUGGCCUCACGAACUCUCUCAGCGAUCGGCCUGUCCUGAUGCUCUGUCUGAUGCAGCAAAAAAGUGCGUGCCCAAUCCUCAUCCCCCAUGUCUGUGUCGAAUAUGUCUAAGGCCGAACAGUUCAAUGUCUCGAGCGUCGGGAGCUGCCCCAGCACCCUCUGCACGAGCGCAUCGGACAUGUCAGCAGACACAUCUGCGUGUGUCACAGAGGGGAAAAGGCGAGCCACAUUCGACAACACCACGUCAGGCAGUGGCAAAACGCCGGCAUGGCCAGCAUUAAUCGUCAGCAGAAGAGUGCGUGUUCGCGAAAACACGAGUGAUGGGAUGAGGCCAUGGAGUGCUUGAUAGAACACCUCAGUGGCCCCGAGAUGAGUGCUCAUGGACACUUCGGUAGCCGCAGAAGCGAGGGUCUUGAUGGUGUCCGCACAACUGCAGAGGACCUGGUCCGACACGCCCGAUGAGUCGUACAGGGACUCCAGGCGGAACCUGAAAUCGCUUCUGCUCCAAUUCUCGAUGGCGUUCGGGGCGAGGCAAGACUUGCGGAAAGCAUCCACUUCCUACUCGCCACACACACACACACACACACACAGAGGGAGAGAGAGCUGUGUCCUGAUGAAUGCGGGCAGGCUGUCGCCUUGUGAAUGAAAAUCUUACUUUGAUGAUUGGGGUCGACGGGGAUGGGGGGCGCAGGGCGAUGUCGACGUCCUCCAGCCUGAGGCCGCGCUGAGCCAGCUGCUGUGUGAAUUCGUGGGUGAGGCGGAGAUAAGGGCCUUUGAGCCGCAGUGUCUUCAGGGCGCUCAAGUCAGGCACAGAUGUGGUUAUCCGCAGAAGCUCCUGUAGCGGGCGCGUGUCGUAGGGGUACGGAUAGCCCCAGCACCCAUCAUCGUCGUACUCGAGCGACCGCAGGGCUGGCGCCAAUGAACGCCACCACACACCGAAACCGAUCACGGGGGCCAGCAAUCGGCAGUCGCGAACGCUCAGUGACACGAGCGACCUGCAAAGCCGUCCAAUCAACAACACCACACACACGUGAAAACCGCUGUGUUGUGUGGAUCACUCGCUGGCCUUGUCGCCCACCUCAGUGCCCAUCGCUUGCGUGGCGCCGCCAGCGCCCAGUCGCCGCCCACACGCGCCUCCUCCAGCACCGGGAACUCCACCAGAGACGCCCCUUGACGCACUGACAGCAGCGUGUGGCCCCGGUUUGGCGCCGAGUAGUCCAUCUCGAGGUAGUUCAGCGUAUGACGCCUGGCCUCCACCAGACGCCCCAUGCUCUCUGUCACCGGGCAGAGCAGAACGGCGCUCUUGGUCUUGCUCAGUCGGGUGAGCCAGAUGCUGAGCUGUCUGUCGGUGAGAUGGAUGGCCUUGGCGGUCUGGACGUGGAAGCAGAGGUGGGUGGCCGGCUCAUCAGCGAUGGUGUGAAAGGCCUUGCCGAUGAGUGAGAGGGUGCCGAUGAUGUAUUGGGUGCCCAGGAGGGGGCUGAGGAAGGUGGAGAAGGUGUCGGACGGGACAAUCCACAGAAGAAGCGAACACCCUGACGACUGCACAAGCGACGAAACGCACCACACACACAGACGGCCCGUGUGAUUGGUUUUGCUUGUGCGUGGACAGCGAAGCAAAUGGGUGGUGUGUGAGUCAAUGCACACCUGCUGCCCAUGGUCCUGCAGUGGGGAGUCACCAUUGUCAUCGUUGACGAACUUCUCAUUCACAUCCUGCUCCUGCUCAGAAACAAAGCAAGAGAGUCUCGAGAAAACGCGAGUCACUCACUGUUUUCACCUCUCUUCCCUUUUGACUCACCUCCUGUUGACGUAAGGCUUGUUGCUUCACCAUUACCACAGCUCUCCAGACCACCGACUUGCUGGACACUUAUCCAUCAAUGCCGCUGGAUCUUCGCCUAUUCUCGCCACACAUGCAGUGGCCAGAUCACUCCUGAG